AUGAAGCGCUCUCGGGAGUCCGCUAGCGGCCUUCCUUACCUCCCGACGGAAAUCGUCGAAGAAAUAUUGGUGCGUCUCCCGCCGAGGUCCGUCGGGAGAUUACGGUGCGUCUGCAAAUCAUGGGCGGCCCUUACUUCCUCUCCAUUUUUCAUCAACACCCACGCCAGCCUCUGCUCCUCCAACAACAACAACCACCAGAUUCUUUGCACGCUUCCUUUCUGGAACCCCAACCACCGCCACUCAAUCUACCUACUACGCCGCGGCGGCGCCGCCCCCCUCCUCCUCAACUUCCCUCCUUCUAUUCGCUUCGAGAACUCCCCAGAAAGCCAGCUCCAGAUCAGUUCGCACCACGGGUUGGUUUGCCUCUGGACUCACAGUUCCACGUCGCCCAUUUACCUUUGGAACCCUUUAACUGGGGAAACCCGCACACUCCCGCCCAGCCGCCUCCGUUCUUCCCAGCGAGUGCGGUACGUCUGGGCGGCCCUCGGUUCCCUCCGGUUGAGCGACGGCACUGAGGAUUACAAGGUGGUGAGAGUCGUUCGGUUCAAAAAUAAAGUUAGAGAACAAAUGGAGAUGAAAGCCGAGGUGUACAGUCUGAGGAGGGGCUGUUGGAAAGAUGUGGCCAUCAAUUCAAACACGCCGUUGAUGGGCUUGUGUACCAGCGACGUUGCGGUGGCUAACCAGUCGGUGAACUGGGUCGGGAUGCAGUAUCCGUUUGGGUUCGCGGUGGUAUCGUUCGACGUAGCAGCGGAAACGUUUCGAUGCAUAUAUUUCUCACAGACUGGCCGACCGUUUGUGCCGAGAUUAGGGGUGUGGAAAGGGAGCGUUGUGGUGCUGGUGAAGACGGAGACAGGGGAAUGGGAGGUGUGGGCGAUGGGGAAGAUGCCAUGGGAAAAACUGUUUGUGUUUAGGCCGGAGGAUCAUAUGGGGGGAUCAGUGAUGCCGCUUGGGUUGACGAAGGGUGGGGAGGUAUUGUUGUUGCAAAAAGGGUAUAGGAGCAUAGUGAUGAUUGCGAAGGAGUGGGGGAAGACGGGAGUGAUCAAGGUGGUGGAUGAGGAAUUUGUGUUGCCAGUGGAUGCGGACGACGUGAAUAUGUUUAUGUGCGCCCUUUGUGCUCAUACGGAGAGUCUGGUUCCGGUUACUUAG